CGCACUUGUCGCUCGUGAACAUAAAUAUCACGAUAGUUCUUCGUCUUUUUGGCCAUUCCUGUCCAUCAGCAAGCUACACACUCCAUUCACUUCUCACGAGAUCUACCCAUUGAACUAUUCCAACCACAGCUGACCUCUCAACAAAACGUACCUACUUGCAACAUGCGUUCCUCCCAGCUCAUCGCCUUGUCCGGCUUCAUGGUCGCGACUGCUGCCGCCGAAUCCCAAGCAAACAUUGGCUUCGCCAUGGUCUCCGACAGCUGCGGCGACGGUUUCUACAUCGGUUGCUCCGUGAAUGUUGGCGAGUGCUGCACCCUGCCCGACGGCUACAAGGGUCUCGCCGCCGAGUUCCGCUUCAGCCAGGACACGAGCGUCGUCGGCAAGGCGUACACUGGCCCCGACUGUGUCGAGGCGGAUCUGGUCGUGAAGCAGGACAACAACAGCACCUACUUCUGCAUCGCCAAGCCCUCCGCGCCGCUCUCGAGCGCUCACUACGAGCUCAGCAGCACCGCCGGUCGCAAGGCUAAGCGCGGCGGUGCCAGGGCCAAGGCCUGUCGCUCGCCUGACCACCUGAUCUUCCCGGGCGGCGCUCGUGCCAAUAUCGACGACCUUGCUCCGAGAGAGUACAAGGAAAUGACUGGACAUGGUCGUGGCUCGCAGUGAUGCUGCCGAUGUGGAGGCUCAGCUCGCUGCCUUCCGCAAGUAAGCUCGCCGGGCAGCUCGCCAAUCCCGAAGUGAGACUUCUGGAAAUAUCAAGUGGCGUGGAGGAAAUCACCGAGUCAAUGCGUGGUUCAAAGAGGAGGUCAUCUAAAUGGUCCAGUGAAUGCGCCGUCCUUUAGGCAUCGCAGCUCGAACUAUGUUUGCACGUACUAC